GUCUCUUUGUCUGAUAACUGCAUCUCCGCCAUUCUAUCCACUCAAUAUCAGACGAAAAAGAAACGAUCCUAACCCCCAACCAUGUAAUGAUGCGAUUCUCAUCAUCAGGAAUCUCUUGGCGCGCUAGAUCAGCGCGGGGUUUAGCGGUCUAGCUUUGCUUCUGCAGGGAUGCAAAUCUUUCGCGCCAGUUGACGUCAGAUCCAAUCAGCGUAGCGUGCAACCCGAGAAGCUCAACACAUAAGUCAACGGGAACCGAAGGGAGGGCCGGAGAAACGUUGGACGGGUGACAGGGACCAAAGAAUGCCGUGUGUGAGGCCAAGAGCGGCACUGCCCCACGUCGCCCGAGCGCCGGGGGUAUUUGUACGGCCGCGUGGGACGGUCUUUCCCUCCUCUUCUGCUUCUCCCUUUCUUGGGUUUCUAGCUGCGAGGCACACGCCCUUCCAGCAGCAAUUGAACGCGACACCACGAUUGGAUCAGCUGCGAAUUUUGGGAGUCCGGUACUGCUCGACGAUAAGGAUGUCAUCCCAGGAACUGGAAAGCCAGCCUCCGAGCCAGGUCAAGAAGUACCUGCAGCAGAGCCAUGACCGCAUCUUCGAGAACAACAAGAGGUGGGCCGAGGAGCAGAAGGCGAAGCAUCCCGAGUUCUUUACGAACUUGAGCGCGGGUCAGAGCCCGGAUUAUCUAUGGAUUGGCUGCUCCGACUCCCGCAUACCCGCCGAAGCCAUCACCGGCCUCGGGCCCGGCGAAAUGUUCAUCCACCGCAACAUUGCCAACCUCGUCUGCAACACCGACCUAAACGUCAUGUCUGUGGUCAACUACGCAGUGCGACACCUCCACGUCAAGCACGUCAUCGUGUGCGGACACUACGGCUGCGGCGGCGUCAAGGCCGCCAUGACCCCGAAAGACAUGGGCCUCCUCAACCCCUGGCUGCGCAACAUCCGCGACGUGUAUAGGCUGCACGAAGCGGAGCUCGAUACGAUCGAAGACGAGGAGAAGAAAUAUGAUCGGCUGGUCGAGCUGAAUGUGGUGGAGCAGUGCAGGAAUGUGAUUAAGACGGCAGCGGUGCAGCAGAGCUAUGCCAGGGGCGGGUUUCCGGUUGUCCACGGGUGGGUGUUUGGGUUUAAGGAUGGGUUGCUGAAGGAUUUGGAAAUCGAUUUUGAGGGCCAGUUGAAGAGCAUUCAGAAGAUUUAUAACUUGACGGCUGAUGCGUCGGAGGGGUCGUAGAGGAGGCGAGCGGGAGCGGGCGUGCCGGCGUCGAUUGGGAUAAGACGUUAGAUGGACAAGCGGGUAGACUGGAGUACGCGUAAAAAGGAACACAUUUUAUAUCGCUUGAAUUUGAAUUCAAUACCACAGGACUUCCCGUGUGGCUACUAUGCU